AGGGACAGAGAGAGGUAAAGAGAGAGAGAGGGAGAUAAAGGCAGAGAGCGGGAGAGAGAGGAGACAAAGUGAAAGAGUGGGUUGCCUUGGUAGCAGGUCAGUGAACAGGAACACUUGGACAGGACAAAACCAUACCCAGGCUUGAGUGAUGUCAUCAGAACCAACAGAAUCCUAGUUCGGAAGGUUGAACAACACAGACAGUUGGACCUUAAAAUUCCCCUGAAACAGAAAGGACUAUUUGGAUUAAAGACAGCACAGUUAUUUUGAGUUGAGCGGAGACCACCGAAGGAACUUGAAGACUCUUGAUUGGAGAGAACGAGGGGAUUUUAUCUUUGGAGAGGAGGACAUGAUUUAGACUGACUUUGUGGUCGGUGACUGAAAAUAGAGUUGCCAAUGAGGUUUGGAUGUAAAUACACAAGUGUGUUUUCGCUCCAUUUUAUGGCUGGAGAUCAGAGACGACCAUGAGGAAGACUGAGGAAGGGUUUUACUGAAUACUGCAGCAAAGCUCACACUGGACAGAAACCUUGGACCGUUAAACAACAUUUAUUUUACAGUCUUUCAAAUUAAGAUUGAGAUUCAAUUGAGGGCUCAGUUUUGUCAUUACGGACUCAAAAACUGUCUGAUCUGAUCAAAAUCACAUCUAAAGGACAUAACAAACAUUUAUUUGAACCACUACUACUCUCUGUGUGGACCAAUGAAACAAUCGGAUCAAAUCAAAGACACGCCCCUCCCCUCCGUCUUCGACCAAUCCUGGGCCUCGUUCCUCAACCCUGCUGGACGUCUGCGCCUCAACACCUUGGACUUCUCCGACCUCUGGGAUGAGGAAGAUCUCGGAUUGGACAGCACCGAGGAAGAUGGAGGCCCCGCCCAAACCCCUCCUCUUCCACCAAUCCCUCCACCUCUCCCACCCUCAGCUCCUCCCCUGUCCCGUUACUCCCCGACGGACCGGCCUCCGGGGAGUCGUACCCUCAGGCUCCACUGGAGGGAGCUCCAGAGUCUGCCUCCCCUGCCCAGGGUCACCCGCUUCGGGACUCAGACCAUCUGGGCUGGCCUGGAGCCUGUCAACCUGGACACCAACCGCCUGGAGUACCUGUUUGAGAGCAAGAGAAACAGCGCCAUCUGCAGCCUGCUGUCAGGAUGGAGGAAGCAGCCGUCGGUCUCAGUUUUGGGUGUAAAGCGCAGUAAUAUCAUCACCAUAGCCCUCAGUAGCCUGCCCCCUCCCUGCCUUCUGCCCCCGGCCAUCUACAGCAUGGACACCAGUGUGCUGGACCGAGAGGACGUCCAGCGUUUGCAGGCCCUAGUCCCCACUGAAGAGGAGCUGGGCCUCAUCAGGGAGGCCCAGGCCCGGGCCCCCCGCUCGACUCUGGCCCCAGCUGAGCUUUGCCUCCUCACCUUGGGAAGCAUCUCUCACUUGAGCUCCAGGCUUCAGCUCUGGGCCUUUACGCUGGACUAUGACAUCUUGGAAAGGGAAAUCGCUGAGCCUCUCUUCCACCUGAAGCUGGCGAUGGAACAGCUGGCCGCCAGUCAGACCUUCAGGUGCAUUCUGGCCACAGUGCUGGCAGUCGGAAACUUCCUCAACGGGUGUAAGGCCCGUGGGUUUGAGCUGAGCUACCUGGGGAAGCUGUCCCAGGUCAGAGACACACACUCUCGUCUGCCCCUGCUGCAUCACGUGGGUGUCCUGCUGCUGCAGCUGUACCCACAGUCCUCUGACCUCCACUCCGACAUCGCUGCCGUCGCCCGAGCCAGCAAGUGUGACUACACCCAGGUCCAGGCCAACCUCACCCAACUGGAGGCUCUCUGCAAAGGAUCAUGGGAACAGGUGCGUCUGCUGGACCGGGCGGAUGAGAAGAGGAGAGGAGGGGAAAAGGAGGGGGGAGGAACACAGGAGGGGAAGUUGCGACAGAGGCUGCCUAAAUUCCUGAAGGAGUGUGAGGAGAGACUGAAGGUUCUAAGAGCUGUCCACCGACGGGUCAUCAACAGGUUCCACUCCUUCAUGCUGUUCCUGGGCUACUCCAAAGCCAUGGUGAGAGAGACAAAGGCGGAGGACUUCUGCAAGACGGUCAGCGACUUCUCUCUGGAGUACCGGACCACUCGCCUGUCCAUCCUGGAGCAGAGAGAGAGGGGAUGGGACCUGGAGAGAGGAGGAAGGGACCUGGAGAGAGGAGGAAGUGACCUGGAGAGAGGAGGAAGUGACCUGGAGAGAAGAGGAAGGGACCGCACGCCUGGCACACCUGGACUCCACCAGAAACACCCACCGACUGGUCAGGUACAGAGAGAGAGACAGGACCAUGUGCCACAGAGUACAUUAGAUGAAGUGCUGAGAACCCCAGAAUCCAUCUUCAGACUGAACCUGACUCUGCCCCGACAUCGCGGAAAGAAGAUAGAUAUUAAAAGUCCUUUCUCUCGGAGACCGAAGUGGUGACUUUUCCAGAUGCUAGUAUCUGGACAGGCAAGAGUCUUGAAAUGAUAAUAUAAAUUACAGUUGGUUGCUGCAUUAAACAAAAUCCCUAUGAUUAACUGGAAAUGUAUGUAAGAGCUUUACGUAAGGAAAACUCUUUCAAAGAUAUAAUUGGAAAUGUAACUACGAACAUACUAAAAUAUAUGUAUCUUCUAGGUCUGUUAAUGGCUACUUUGUGUGUGAGAUCUGAAUUAAUCUGUGUUGGAAUGCGUAACAUUUCGAAUGCUGGUGGGAGUGCGUUAUUUCAUUGGACCUGGGCUUGGGAUAAAGACAGACGGAUCCACCAAUGUUUGAAGUGAACAGAGACAUAUUCAUAUAGCAGGUCCAAUAAGAUAUCAGCAUCACGGAUGAGGCGUGACACAUCUGCUAGUUGUGCUACCCGUCGCCAUUUCGUGGUCACUGGUUGAAGGAACCUUAUCAACCAACUGAAACGGACAAGGGAUUUUAAAAGACAACCCAAGUAAACCAACGUCGAAUUUAUAAAUUUUUAAACAAAAAUAAGCUCCGGGUGAGUAUUUUGAAUCGAGAGAAUUUUUCUAUUUUUGUUUUUUUUUCUAACUUUGAAAACCAUCUUUGGGACCUUUUUGUUUUUGUUUUUAAUGCAUUUUUCUGGCUGAUAGUCUGAAACUGUGUUUGCUUUGGUGGCGUACAUUUUGUGAUGCAGCGGUUCGUCUCUGCGGGUGGCAAGCAGGCUUCGCUUUAGUGUUUGAUAGCUUUUAGCAGCAAUAUUUUUCGAUAUAUUUUUCGAAUUGAGACUUUUGAAUCGACAUUUUUUCAGAGUUACUUUAAGAUCAGAUUGAUUGUUCGCUUGUUGUUGUCGUAUUUUUAAGGACAGAAAUAUCGAAGACUGUUACAAUCUUGACUGGACAAUUAAUCAUUGUUGUCAUGUCGGUUGUCUUUCCCCUUUCAGGAAUAACAUUUUUAAAUGUGUUUUCAUUGUUCCCGACAUAUCCUUCAAGGCCACCUGUAACCUGAAUAGCAGUUGUAGCUUGUAUACAACAAGCAUUAUUUUUAGUGUUCGCAGUCAGUUUGUUCUGCAAAUCCUCAAAAAAAUGACGUAAUUUUGAAGGCAAUAUUUUUCCCGUUAAGGAGUGAAAGUGGGCGUUUUCAUUUGUAAAACAAAAUGUAAAGCGCAUAUUGUCUUUAAUUAGACUGACGCGUUUGUAUGUAGUCUUCGAAGCGACUUUUUUUUCUUUGUGUAAUUUCUGAUCAAAAUCAUUAAAGUAACCCUAUAUUUCUGAAA